ACCUCGUGUCGCCGCGCGCCCCUCCUCCGGGCCUGAGUCACGGCGCCGCCGGAGUCCCCACGCGAGGAUGCUGCGGUGAGCGCGGCCGGGACGCCGCGGGGGCCUGGAGCGCAGCGUCCGGCUCUCGGCCGCGCAGCGGUGCCGCACGGGAAGCCGGGCCCGCAGCCACGCGCUCCCCGCCGGCUCCCGCUCCCGCCCUCCCCGCGGCUCCUCUGGGCCUCCCGGCGGGCGGCGGUGGGGCCUGCCCUCCAUGGCGUUUAUCCGGAAGAAGCGGCAGGAGCAGCAGCUGCAGCUCUACUCCAAGGAGAGAUUUUCCUUGCUGCUGCUUAACUUGGAGGAGUACUACUUUGAGCAACAUACAGUUAAUCAUAUUCUGCACAAGGGCCGUCACAAUGAAAGAAAAGUCAGAGGGUCCUUAAAGAUUUGUUCAAAAUCAGUGAUUUUUGAACCGGAUGCAAUAUCCCAGCCCAUCAUUAAGAUUCCUUUGAGAGAUUGUAUAAAUAUAGGAAAACAUGGAGAAAAUGGAGCCAGUAGACACUUUGCAAAGGCAAAAUCUGGGGAGAUUUCACUCAUUUUCAAUCAGGUAUAUUUCAUUAAAGAACAUAAUGUUGUGGCACCAUAUAAAAUAGAAAGGGGCAAAAUGGAAUAUGUCUUCGAAUUAGAUGUUUCAGGGAAGGUAGAAGACGUUGUGGAGACGUUGCUUCAGCUUCACAGAGCAUCCUGCCUCGACAAGCUGGGCGACCAAACUGCCAUGAUAACAGCCAUUUUGCAGUCACGUUUGGCCAGGACAUCAUUCGACAAAAACAGAUUCCAAAGUGUUUCAGAAAAGCUGCACAUGGAAUGCAAAGCAGAAAUGGUGACGCCUCUGGUGACAAAUCCUGGACACGUGUGCAUCACGGACACAAACCUGUACUUUCAACCUCUCAAUGGGUACCCGAAACCUGUGGUCCAGAUAACACUCCAAGAUGUCCGCCGCAUUUAUAAGAGGAGGCAUGGCCUCAUGCCCUUGGGCUUGGAAGUAUUUUGCACAGAAGAUGAUCUGUGUUCUGACAUCUACCUAAAGUUCUAUGAACCUCAAGAUAGAGAUGAUCUCUAUUUUUAUAUUGCCACGUAUCUAGAGCACCACGUGGCGGAGCACACGGCCGAGAGCUACAUGCUGCAGUGGCAGCGAGGGCAUCUUUCCAACUACCAGUACCUCCUGCACCUCAACAACCUGGCCGACCGCAGCUGCAACGACCUCUCCCAGUACCCUGUGUUUCCCUGGAUAAUAAAUGAUUAUUCCAGCACAGAAUUAGAUUUGUCAGACCCAGGAACCUUCCGGGAUCUCAGUAAGCCAGUGGGGGCCCUGAAUAAGGAACGGCUGGAGAGACUGCUGACUCGAUACCAGGAGAUGCCUGAGCCAAAGUUCAUGUAUGGAAGUCACUACUCUUCCCCAGGCUACGUGCUCUUUUACCUUGUUCGGAUUGCACCAGAGUACAUGCUGUGCCUGCAGAACGGAAGAUUUGAUAAUGCAGAUAGAAUGUUCAACAGUAUUGCGGAAACUUGGAAAAACUGUUUGGAUGGUGCAACAGACUUUAAAGAGCUGAUUCCAGAAUUCUAUGGUGAUGAUGUCAGCUUUUUAGUCAACAGUCUGAAGUUGGAUCUGGGAAAGAGACAAGGUGGACAGAUGGUGGAUGAUGUAGAACUCCCCCCUUGGGCCUCAGGCCCUGAGGACUUUCUCCAGAAGAGCAAAGGUGCGUUGGAAAGCAGCUACGUGUCAGAGCACCUCCACGAGUGGAUUGAUCUAAUAUUUGGAUACAAGCAAAAAGGGAGUGAUGCUGUCGGAGCCCACAAUGUAUUUCAUCCCCUGACCUACGAAGGAGGUGUAGACUUAAACAGCACCGAAGAUCCCGAUGAGAAAGUAGCCAUGCUAACCCAAAUCUUGGAAUUUGGGCAGACACCAAAGCAGCUGUUUGUGACACCACAUCCUCAAAGGAUCACCUCAAAGUUGAAAAGUCUGCCCCAGACUUGCAGUUACAAUGCUUCUAUAGCCUGCUCCCCAGUCUCUCCAGGUGAAGAGUCUUUUGAAGACCUGACUGAAGAAAGCAAAACACUGGCCUGGAAUAACAUCACCAAACUGCAGUUGCACGAGCAGUAUAAAAUCCACAAAGAGGCAGUCACCGGAAUAGCAGUCUCUCGCAAUGGGUCUUCGGUCUUUACGACAUCACAAGAUUCCACCUUGAAGAUGUUUUCUAAAGAAUCCAAAAUGCUACAAAGAAGUAUAUCAUUUUCAAAUAUGGCUUUAUCAUCUUGUUUACUUUUACCGGGAGAUGCCACUGUCAUAAGUUCUUCAUGGGACAAUAAUGUCUAUUUUUAUUCAAUAGCAUUUGGAAGACGCCAAGACACAUUAAUGGGACAUGAUGAUGCUGUUAGUAAGAUCUGUUGGCAUGACAACAGGCUAUAUUCUGCAUCGUGGGAUUCUACAGUAAAGGUGUGGUCUGGUGUUCCCGCAGAGAUGCCAGGCACCAAAAGGCACCACUUUGACUUGCUGGCCGAGCUGGAACAUGAAGUCAGUGUAGAUACAAUCAGUUUAAAUGCUGCAAGCACACUGUUGGUUUCCGGCACCAAAGAAGGCACAGUGAGUAUCUGGGACCUCACUACGGCCACCUUAUUGCACCAGAUUCCGUGCCACGCGGGGACAGUGUGUGACGCUGCUUUUAGCCCAGACAGUCGCCAUGUCCUCAGCACGGGAGCAGAUGGCUGUCUUAACGUAAUCGACGUGCAGACAGGGAUGCUCAUCUCCUCUAUGACGUCAGACGAGCCCCAGAGGUGCUUCAUCUGGGAUGGAAAUUCUGUUUUAUCUGGAAGUCAGUCUGGUGAACUGCUCGUUUGGGACCUCCUCGGAGCAAAAAUCAGCGAGAGGAUCCAGGGCCACACAGGUGCAGUGACGUGUAUAUGGAUGAACGAACAGUGCAGCAGUAUCAUCACAGGAGGGGAAGACAGACAGAUUAUGUUCUGGAAAUUGCAGUAUUAAGUGCCUUUUCCUCUCUUGAAUAUUAUAUUGAACUCUGAACAUAUUUUAAAACCAAACUUUUAAAUCAACUGGUAAAUGUGCAAUGAUAGUAAUUAGAAGUUUUACCACAUGGAAAAUUUGUGGUUUUAAACAUUCUAAAUCAUGGUGACUUCAUUGAAAGCCAUUAGUUGCCAUUCUCUUAAGGCAGAUAAAGUAUGGCAGUGUUAGGGAGAAAACAUUACAUUUGUAAGGCAGAUGAUCAUCCCAGUAUGAUGACGGUUAGAAGACAGGAUUGGGUGGUGGAGAGGAACUAAGAGAUAAUAAACUGGGCUGGGGAAACUUACCAGUAAGCACUGAACAAUUAAGAAUUUUCCAAGAAAAUGUGCAGUAUUCUCUACUACUUCUGAGUCACUGUUUUGUCUUCCUGAUCUACCACAAUUGCUGCCCAUUGGGUUUUAGGGUAUGUGUGUUUUCACGGAGUGGUUACUUUCUAUAAUGCUGUACCCAGAUUCUAAGAACCUGGGGAAGAAUUCGCAGUUCUUAUGACAGUAAGUUUACUGUGUAUAGGAACGGUUUGUAUUUCAUUAUGCCUAUUAAGUGCUCAUCUUUUCUACAUUAAAAAUAUUUUUCUGUAAUGAAA